AUGCAUGAUGGCACCACCCCUCUGUCCAUUGCAACUCAGCAGGGGCAGUUUGAGGUGGCACGCUUUUUGCUGGAGGCCAAUGCGGACAAAGACAAGGCCGCAGAGAACGGUGCCACCCCUCUGUGCAUUGCAGCUCAAAGCGGGCAGCAGGAGGUUGCACGCCUUUUGCUGGAGGCCAAAGCGGACAAGGACAAAACCAUGGAGAACAGCGCCACCCCUCUGUUCAUUGCAGCUCAGAGUGGUCAGUUGGAGGUUGUACGCCUUUUGUUGGAGGCCAAUGCGGACAAGGACAAGUGUAUGCGUGAUGGCACCACCCCUUUGUUCGUUGCAGCUCAGCAGGGGCAGUUGGAGGUUGUACGCCUUCUGUCUAAAACUGGAAGCUGA